UUUUGUUGUUUUAUCCAUUACUCAUCUUGCCACAAUUUACUCUCUUAACUUCUGGCACCAACUAUGAGCAAACGCGAACAUCCAUUACUUGCACUAAAUCAAAAUACUAGCUUUCUUCAAGUCCGACUCCAACCUACUUAUUCAAGUUUUCUUUUAAAACACAACGCCUUCAUCUUGUCUUGUGAAAAAUUCAGUGUCACUUGCACUAUCUUCUCUACACACAAAAUUUAUAUCAUCUUCGAUCUUCACCAACUCAAAGUUCCCUCUAGAUCCCCUUGGUAACUUUCAUUAGCUUCUUUUCAUUUUCCUCAAAACCAUGAAUCCAUCGAAUGGAAACAGAUGUUCAUCUAGAAAUAGUACAGGCAGUACUAGUGGUCAAAGAAAUACGACGACUCUAACCAAGAACAACGAUGAUGGGAGCGACUCUUCUCGUGCCUCUUAUCAUUCGGAUAUGCGUGAUGAUACCGUUUACAUGGGAGGACCUGGUUUCUGUCAGAUCGUCCACAACCACCUCGUUCAAAAUGAACAGAUUAGGAUCCCACAAAGGUUUAUAAGGGAGUAUGGAGAUGAUUUGUCUAAUCAUGCGGUUCUUACUGUUUCCGGUGGAAAAGAGUGGUUUGUUGAAAUGAAAAGAGACUCAAACUCUGAUGAUGGUGGUGUUUAUUUUAAGAAUGGUUUAAAAGAAUUCUACAAAAGUUACUCAAUAACCCCAGGGACUUUUUUGGUGUUUAAAUAUGAAGGAAAUUCUCAUUUUGAUGUUGUUAUAUUUCAAAUGAGUGGUACUGAGAUCGACUACUCUUCCUUCAACAACAACAACAACAACAACAACCACAUGGAAGAAACCUCGAGCCAGACCGACGACACGAUAAACGCAGAGGAUGAUGUUGAUGACAAAGAUGAUUAUUACGUCGAAGCUUCAGAAGCAGAUGCCAAUGACGAUAAUGAUGAAUCUGGGGAUGAUAGUGAUGAUGAAGAAUGUGGACAAAUCAGAGUUGGUUUAACGAGGGAGAAGAAUAGAAGUAUCACUGCUAGAGGUCUGGAAACACAUGAUAGAGCAAUUGGUAUAAAGAGGGGUUUUAAGUCAUCAAAGCAGUACCCAUUCUUCGCAAUUGGUUUACAACCAUCUUAUGUUGAUCACAAAUAUUUGCCCAUACCAUCAGAUUUUGAAGGGAAGGAGGAGUUGGGGAAACUAGAGACCAUAAGACUGGAUGUUGUGGAAGAGUAUGGACGCUCAUGGAUUGUCCACGUAUUUACUAAUGGCCGAGAUCUGCAGGGAAUUAGAUUUUGCAAAGGUGUUUCUAGAUUUCCCAGAGACAACAAUUUGAAAGAAGGGGAUGUUUGUGUAUUCGAAAUGGUGACGAAAAAGAAGUCCUCGUCUAUUAAAUAUGCAAGAGUUCAUAUUUUCCGAAGCUAAACCGAUUAUUCAUUUCUCAUCUUCUUAGGAUGUGAUUCGGAUACUCUGCUUUAUUUGUUGUUUUCAUCUUUCUAGAUCAUUAUAAUUACAACCGGAGAUGACUUAACUACUUUAUUUUAUAUGAACAGUAAGAUAUUAGAGAAAAGAGAUGCUAAGUAAACUUAUUAUGGAGGUUUAUGCAUGUUUUUUUUUAUUU